AUGGACAUCGUCAAAGGGGAAGGUACCUUCAGAAUGCUGAACUUGAAUGGAGGAAACAAUGCUCUGUACGACAAAAUCCACAGCUUGAAUCAAAUAAGCAACUCUGAUGAUAGAAGUAUACAUAAUAAGUGUACCGCAUUUAAUGAUGAAGAAACGUCUACAGAUGAGGAGUUCACUAUGAAUGAACAGAAAAACUCCACACAUGGGGAGGAGGAAUUAGAAAGAAGGGAGAGCAUAGAAAAGGAGGAUGGAAUAACGGCGAAGGAGGAUGUAGCCGCAGCACCGAGUAACAUAGAUGCGGACAUCGAAAAGUGUCCCGAACGAUUUAACGAACAAACUUCGACGUACCAAGAAGGAGAAGGAAGAAAAGAUGAUUCCAUCCCAUACAGCUGUAACACCACUGUAAGUCUGAACUCGGUAAAUGACAAGAAAGACGAAAUGAAACAUUUCGGAAGAGAUGCAUUAUCUAUGUACAACAUCGAGACACCUUCUCAUCACCCUACACUUUAUGAAGAAAAUUACGAUAUAGAAAACUCCUAUGGUGAUGAAAGGGGAAUGUCGGUGAGCAAUGUUGAUAAUUGUCAUCGGGCCUGUUCCGAGCGAGGCUAUAGCCCUCUCAGUCGCAGGGAUACUACCCUAGGGAGGGACGGCGACAGUGGAGAAGCCCACAGCGGAAAUGCCGACAGCGGGAACAGCGCCAAACGCGAAAGUAGCGAUGGUGGUAGUGGUCACAGUGACGAGAUAAAAAACGGUAAUCAGAGUGGAGGUGGCGCCCAGGGCGAUGGUGAAGAUCAAAACGGGGAAGACGACGAAAAUGGAAAUCAAAACAGUCGCAACGAUAAAAACGGGAAAGACGAAGAAAGUGGAAAUACAAAUCGGAAGGAGAAUUACAAAAUGUAUUUCCACAAGAUAAACGAACUCAAGUCAAACCGAUUCAUAAGCAAAUACAAAAAUUCAGAAAAGUACAUAAAGAAAAAAAUAUUUAAUUACCUGCGAAAGAACAAUCUCAUCAACCACAUGGAUAUAGAGCAGCUAUUUGUGUACGUCAAGAAUAUAUAUUUUCUCAUCAUAGGGAAUGAGAAGCUUAUGUUCUUCUUUAUUUACAACACGAAGGAAGUGAUGAACGCAAUAAUUCAUUUUGAGAAGAUGCAUAACAUUAGCUACAAGGACAAGGAUUUUCUGUUGUUCCUUCUUUCGAAUGAUGUGGACAUGUAUGAGAAGCUACUAAGUCAGGUAAACCUCAAAUUUGAGAAGGAAGAACUUAUUUUUAAGUUAAAAAAUUUAAGGAGGAAGGUUAAAAUUUUGAAAUAUGAGGAAGAGAGGAAUUUAUUUGAUGAGUGCAUGCAGCAGUUGCACCUGAUGAAGACAGAUAGUAGAUUCAAACGAGUGGCAUACAAAACUGAUAGUUACUGUGGACCUAAUACAAGUGGUCCUGAAAAUAGCAAUACGUGCCACUUGAAUAGUACAUCCCAUGCCUAUAGCACUGGUCUUCCUGGUAGUAAUGCGCAAGCAGAUACAAGUGAUUAUAAAAAUUGCACUCCAUACACCAAUGACCAUGGUAAUGGUGACAUGAGUGAGAGCAAUGCACUCAUAAAAAUAUCGCUCAAAAAUUUAAUACCCAAAUUAUAUAACUGUAAGGACUUUAAAGGAACCAACAACAUGAUUCACAACAUUGGCAAAACCAUCAAAAAGAGCAGUACCGUUGUAAAUGUUUCAGAAAAAAAAAAAAAAAAAAAAAAAAAAAAUCCGACAUAUUCGAACGUUUCCUAUACCAAAAUGGACUACUCCAAAAUGGCUUACGCCAAAAUGCCACCCAUGAUGAACGUUCCCAAUACCGGUGGGCCUUACUCUAACAUGGCUCAUACCAGGGGAGGAAUCUUCACAAAUUUCCCCCCUCCGAGUGCUUCCUAUCCAAAUAUACCCCCAGGGGGAGCAGGAGCCCCUUAUGCAAAUAUGCCCCCCGCUAAUUCACCCUAUACUAAUGUUCCACCCACCAAUGGUCCCUAUGCGAAUACUACUACUACCACCGCUGCCAGUGCCGUUUACACAAACAUGCCCCCCGCCCCUGGUGCUUACUCCAAUGUGACCCAUCCCAAUGCGGGAUACACCAAUAUGCCCAAUCAUAGCAGCGCCUACGGGAACGUACAAACCGACAGUGGAGCAUACAUGAAGCUUAACAGUCAUCCCAAUGGGGCAUACGUGAAAGGAGCACCGUGUCCUAACGGGGCCAACGGUUUUUACGCGAACAAAUUUGAAGGCGCCCAAGGGGAAAACUACCCAGGGAAUUACGCGCCGAAUUAUGCGGCUAACUAUGCAGGCAGUUACGCCCCUAACCAGGGAAAUAAUUGUGCGCCUAAUUGGGGCCCCAAUUGUGAAGGAAUUUACCCCCAGGGAGGAAGCAAUAACUACGGGAAGGGGCACCCGAAUGGCAACCUAAUUGGUAACGAAACUGGCAAUACCAAUGACCACACGAAUGACCACUCGAAUGACCACUCGAAUGACCACUCGAACGAUCACUCGAACGAUCACUCGAAUGAGUACGGAAGUGAAUGUGUCAACGAUUACAUGAACGACUACAUGCAGGACGACAUGAAUGAGUAUCUAAACGACUACGGCAUGGAGGAUCCAUCCAACGCGAACCAUCUAGAUGACACCAAAGAAGAGAAGAAGAAAGCAAUCAGAGGAAUAACUUCCUUUACUCUCUUCGCUAGAGAAAAAAGAAAGGAGCUACUUAACCAGAAAGUCUUUCUAGGCAGUUCCCUCACUGAGCAAACAACAGCAGUAGCCAAAAUUUGGAACAGUCUAAGUGAUGAAAAAAAAAAAGAAUGGGCUGUCAAGGCGUCCAAAAUAAAUGAAGAAAAUUAUUUGUCCCAAAAAAAGAAGAAAAAAAGAAAGUUUACUGCCUUUAGUAUUUUUGCUCGGGAAAAGAGAAAGGAACAUAAGGAAAAAAAUAUCGACAUGGGGUUAACCCUAGCCCAGCAAAAUUCAUAUGUCUCUAAAUUAUGGAAGCAGUUAUCCAAUGAGGAAAAAAAUAAAUACAAAGUUCUUUCAAAUAACGUAAACGCACAAGUGGCCAAAACGGGUAAGAAUGACAUGAAUUACGUGAAUGGAGAAAAGCUCAGUGGAUUUAAGGGACGAAUCAAAGCUCUAGACAACAUGAUGAAUCAGCAGUUUUCAGGAAAUGCCUUACCGUACAAUAAUGGAGUCAACAGCAUUGGUUAUGUCAACGGAAUGGGCUACAUGAAUGCUGUCGGAACGGGAAAUGCACCUAUCGGGGUUAUCCCCCCGAACCGAAUGAACGCAAUGCCCCCCCAGAAUGGUCUCAGCAAUACGCCAAACCAAGUGAACCCCCCAAGUGGAAUCAAUAUCCCCAAUCGUUCGAUCGGCCCAAAUGAAUCGAACGACAUUAACAACCUCAGGUACAUGGACUACGUUAACUACAUGAACACCGUCUUAAGCCACGACAACCCCAGUUACAUGAACAAAAUAAUGAGUGGAGGAAAUGAAAACUACAUGAGCAUGAUGAAUAGAUUAACUAACGAAAUGGCCAAUGGAAUGACACAAGACAUAUCGGGCACUUUAUCCAACGGACCAUCAGCAGCUGACACCAACAAUGAGAAAAAAAACGCAAAAAUGAAAAAGAGGAAAAAUAAAAAAGAUCAUAUGUAUAUCACAGAAGAGAGCCAAUUAAUAAAUAAAAAUAAUUCCUAUCAAAUGGGGAAGGACUCUACACCGUAUGGAAUAAAUAACAAUAUGUUUGGUGCAUUCCCAUCGGAGGCUCAUACAGGAGUAACCCCUUACAAUGGAAACAUACCCAAUGUUAGCAACAUGACUCAUGUGACAAAUAACGGCAGUUACACACAAAAUAACCUUCACAAAAAUAAUGGGUCCAUAAAUGUACCUAUAGCAAACGAUGGCAACGCCUCCGUGGACAUGGUGUAUGGGAACAACUUGCUCAAUUACUACUCCAACCAGGAAAACCCCAAUGUGAACGGCAAUUCUAUGAACAAUAUAGGAAGUUUGACUAACCUGCCCAGAGAUGGUAUGCAUCCGCCAAACGGAAAGGUACAUCCUCCCAUGAACAUAAACGGGAGUAGCAACUCCAACAUCGCAGGGAUAACAACCCCCUCCAUCGGUGUUGACAAAAAACAACCCAUGAUAAAUGAACAACCAAAUAAUAACCUGGCCGUGAUGACCGAUGCAAGCAUGUUCAACAACUCGAGUAAUAACACGGCAAAUAUUAUUAAUAAUGUAGCAUAUGGCGGCAUGCCCAUGGGAAAUGCCCUCCCUGGUAACAACACUGCUCCUAAUCGGGUCCCAUUCAACCACAUUCCAUUCAACGGAGUUCCUCCUAUGUAUAAUAUCCCGCCAAAUGGGGCUACCCAGGGUGGCAAUACUAAUGGUCUAGCAGUCGGAAAUUUUAACCCUGCGGAUGGAAUGGACAUGAGGACAGGAGCAAACGCAAUGAACAAAGAACCUUUUAAUAAUCCCUAUAUGAGCAACAUGACAGGGGUACAUAUGGCCAAUGUUGAUGAAAGUCACCUAAAUCUAAUCCCUGAUAAUCUAAAAGCGGGACGAAAAAUAAAAAGUAAAGACAAAAUGGAAGAGAUGAUGAAGAAACAAAUGAAGAAAGAUGAAAAACAAAAAUUAAAAGAAAAAAAAUUGAUGAUGAAAAUGUACGAUAAGAAAAGGAAGCAAUUAUUGAAGGCAGAAAAACAAAUGGAAAAAAAUAAUAAAAAUAAAAAUAAAAAUGAAGUGAAUAUAAUUGAGGGUGGUAGUAGUGGUGGUAUGUAUUAUCACCACCCUCAUCAUCCAGCACCCCACAAUUUAAUAAGUACAGAUAUUAAUGGAAUGCCUUUUCAUGCUCCUAACACGCUCAUGAACAAACCCAUGGUUGGUAAUUUCAACCCCUAUGUAAGCAUGGACCAGGUGGAUGCGAAAAACAUGCACACGAAAACUGUUACGAUGGCUAACGGCGCAAUGGAUGGUAUGAUUAGGGGGGAAAACCUUGCCAACAGCAGCGUGGACAAUCGGACCGCCCCCGUCAAUUUCCAACCUGUUAACAACAUGAACAAUACACUGAAUAGUAGCAUGAGGAACAACCAACCGACGCCCUACCCCUUUUUAAAUAAUUACCCUAGUGAUAUUCCUGAUAUGAGAAGUUAUAUGCCUAAUAACGAAAUGAAGAAUUAUGAUGAUGCGCCAAGGGGGGUACCGGACAAGCAAGUAGCAUCAAUCCAGACAACACUUCCCAAUGAGAUGACUACCUACCAAAGUGCUAAUCUGAAUGAGCAGCCGAAUAACAGCGAAAAGGUAAAUCCAUUGGAUGCCAACAUGGUUGUUGAUUCUCAGAGUGGAAACUUAACCAAUGCGAAAAACAUUCCCCUUAUGAAUGACAAAAUGUGCUUCAACAAUGUAGAAUAUAGAGAAAAUUAUUACAAGGAUAUGGGGGUUACUGAUUUUUCGGCGUAUCAACAAACGGAUAGUAAUAAAGGGGCCGAAGCGGGCAAUAUGCCUGCGUACCACAUGACUAGCUUUGAAGUUAAAAUGGCCAAAGAAAAGGAAGAGCAGGAGGGGCAUCAGAAAAAUCUAAAUCAGAUGAAUCAAAGAUCGAGUGUGUUUUACGCCCAAGAGCAGAUGUAUGGAAGUGGUCAUCCUGGAAGUGUUGCAAAUGGUAUGGGUAAGUCGGCGGAUGCUGUGGACAAGGUGGCAGAUUACAUGGACAAACAGGCUAACGAGGGGAAGUCGUUCUAUGAGUCCAAGGGAAUGAACCCGAUGAUGGGCGAACUACCCACUGAUCUUGACAAUGCAAACGCCUCCUUCGACAAGCAGUUUUUUGUGAAUGAAAACAACCACCUAGAGCAUAAGACCGAAACGUACUACAUUCAGAAUGAAAAUAUUAAGAGCAAGGAGAACUCAACUUUGUAUAGAGAAGAAUCGUUGAGUGGGAUCUACAACCAGUGUAACAGGAGCACAACGAUGACGGCCCAACAAGAGGCUACUUUUAACAAAACUCUGAAGGAAGACUUGAAGGUGGACCUUAACUACGGUAAUGUCAAUUAUGUGCACACUGAUGGAUGCAAUGAGGGCAAUCAGAACAACACCACAGGGUACUUCUACCCACAAGAUAUCGGUAUCAGUGGAGACAAAAACGAAGGCGCAAAAAUGAAUAACCCUGGAGAGUAUGCCAACCACGAAUUGGAGCGAGUAGUGGACCCAAACAACAUGUACUACCCGGACCAGAUGUUACCAGAAAAUGGAAUGAACAAGAACCUUGUAUAUUUUGACGCAGAUCCAAAUGAACUCCCCCAAAUGACAAACGACACCGAGCUGGAGGCGUCCAAAGAAAAGCAAUUUUUUAGCAGCGCCUCGCAUUACUCAGAGUUAAUAAGUAAAAACAUGAAGAACAAAAAAAAAAAAAAAACUCCAUGUUCCUCAAAUGAUGCUAUUGAUAACGGGGGUACCAUCUGGGACUUAGUCCAAAAGAAGGGAAGGAAAAAAUUAAAGAUAAACUCCGCCAAUCAGAUAGAAGGCGAAUCAGAGAAUGUACCAAUUGAGGGAGAUAUAAUAUACGCAAAUAAGAAUGACUUCAGUUUUAUGGAAACCAAUAAUGAAUGGAAAAGCGGACGAGUAGGUGUUAAUGCGGACUGUACAAGUAAGGAAGAAGAGGCUGAUGAUAUUGUUAAUAGCAUUUUUAGAAGUAUCGAAAUGGAGGAAAAAGUAUCUCAUCCAGAGGGAACAGUAGCAGUGUCCCAAAAUGGAGAUAAUGUGGGUACCGGUGAGGACACAUUCCUAAACCCUGUAGAUCACAACCAGGGAGAAGAUGCAGACAAUUGGGAAAACGACAACCCCGUGGAAGAGAAUAAUGAAGAUGACAUUAUCAAUCUGAUCGAUGGGCCGGCGCAAAGUUAUUCCAACAAAUUAAACAUUACAGAAAGUGGAGAUGUCAUCUACGAAGAUAAAAAAAAAUACAACUCAAAUAUCAUUAUGAGUGAAAAUUGCAUUCAAAGUAACCGGAUGAACAUGCUAAUGUCUAAAAGGGGCAAAAUUAAUACAAACUUGAAUAGGAGCCAAAUAGAGACCUACAAUAAUGCAUAUAAAAAAUCGUCGUUAUUUAAAUGGACAGAUGAAGAAACAGAUAAGUUUUAUCAAGCCAUUGAAAUGUUCGGUGUCGACUUAAUGAUGGUGCGUGCCUUCUUACCUAAAUUUUCCGACAAGCAAAUUAGGGACAAGUAUAAAAAGGAGAGAAGGAAUAACCCCUUGAAGAUUGAGGAGGCUAUAAAGAAAAACAAGGAAAUCGAUUUGGAUGCCUACGAGAAUGAGAAUGGCAGAAUUGAAACAUCGGGGGAUCUCAAUAGCGACGCAUCUUCCAUCAGUGUUGAUGAUGAUAAUCAUGUUAAGAGGAAAGGUAGCGCGGCGAGCGAAACGGAUGGGAACAUCCUCAACAUCUUCGAAGGAAAGGAAGAUAUGGACUACAACACGAAUGAGUACUGCGAUAAUCAGGAGGAUCCUGAUUUUAACGUUUUGUCUUUGUUCUAA